AUGGCUGGCCAUCAACCGCGCACGAUGGCCAUGGAUCCGCCUCAUAUUACCGAAUUUGCUUCGGAGCGUUAUUUUGAAAAGUUAAGCCAGCUUAACGCUCACCAGCAACAGCCACAGCAUCAACCUCCACUGACUCCCGAUGUCCUCGACGGCACCUCAUUGCCUUCGAGAUUUAUUCUUCCUCUACGAGAGUCCAAAUCUGCCAACGCCGAAACCGUCAAACCCAACGAGAAGCGUGACAAGUCACGAUUCUUCGGCCUACGUUCUAAAGUUUCUAUCCUCCAUUCCAAGCAGUCGCCUGGCUCGUCGUCCAUCUAUGGGUCUCGUUCUUCUGUCGAGUCGACGCGAAAGAGUGUCGGUUUCGACCAGCUCUUCCUUGGAUUACCAAACGAGUUACAGAUGCAAAUUAUUUCUUCCCUACCACUAACCGAUAUACUUAACCUCCGCCUUGCCUCCAAAUCAUGGCAUACUCUUGUUACCUUGAACGAGAACACUAUCGCCCGAUACCAUCUCGAACACCAUAUACCCGCUUACGCCUCUCGCCUCUACCCUGUCACAGAUGCUAGCCAAAUCAAUUUUCAACAUUUAUGUGGCCUAUGGCAUCGACUGCAUGUCGCUGCUAAGCUUGCCUUCCUAAUGUGCGAAUGGAUCACCAAAGAUAUCUUUCUUCGCCAAACUGAAGCCCAGCGAAUUGCUUUUGCACCACAAAACGAGUGCAUGCGACGACGUUUGAUACCUCUUUUAUUCACAAUUUUCCACUUUUUCGAAACCUACCGGAAACUUUACUUGCAGCGCAUGGCGGAGAAUGAUGGCAAAGGAUUGAGACGGGAACCAUACACCUUAAACCCUAUCGAAGCCGAAAUUAUGAACAUGUACGACGACCGAACCUUAUUGCGGGUUCACGAAGUAUUCCCACUUGUAAUCUCAUCAUUUUGCCGACGACUACGACCACCAACAUAUGUGGGUAGGGUGGAGCGAUCACUUCGUGGUUAUAUUCGGGAGAAGCCGUCUGACGAUGUGCACGUCGCCAUCUUAUGCAUUGGUGGACUUCGACAAGUUGAGAGGUUAUGGGAAAUCAAAGGUUAUAACAGUCGCCGCGGUGCUGUGGAUACAUGGUUUGGUACUCUUACUAAAGAGGCACCUGUUACUGAGUCGUCUACGUCUACGUCGAAGCCGAAACGAGGUCUUUUUGGACGCAAGAAGUCUACGAGUGAAGCACGAUCCUCAGGAAAUGCGUUGAAUAAGGUUCGAAGCUCGGGUUCCAUAGACGGCAACAUGGAUUGGGAUGCCAAUCUGGUCUUUAACUCGAGCCUAUCUGCCGGCGCCCCCAUGUCCCCUCUCAGCGCGCAACAGGCUCAGACCCUUCUCAGCGACCUGCCUGUACUGCAACAAAUAUGGCUCACAACAGCAGAGGCUCUUGUUCUGCAACGCCGGAUUGUUGAGCGCCCGCAGGACAUCAAGCGCAAUCAGCAAGUCAUGCUGGACUUAAUCCGAGAGGAUGGGCUUGACGAAGAGGACGAAUGGUGGUACGGCCGCAGCAUCCCCGAUUCCGUGCGGCCUCCCGUCAGUGUUACUGAUGAUGAUGCGGAUUAA